CAGGGACCAGGCACAAUGGAUGGAAAAGGAGGAGAAGAGGAGGAAGGCGAGCAGGGCUGGGACUCGCAUUUCCGGGAGCUCCGCGUGGAUUUGGUUAGCCCGGUAGCAGGCUUAAUGGCGGCUCUCGCUGCCCAGGUUGGGCCGCUCUUGUCCCUGAAUCCGCAAGAAGAUGCUAAGUUCCAGAAGAAGGUAGCGCUGGCUCGCCGUCGCGCAACCAAGCAACCAGAGAAACAAAAACUUACUCCUGGAGUAAUCUAUGUGGGCCACUUACCUCCAUCGCUAUAUGAAACCCAGAUCCGAGCAUAUUUCUCCCAGUUUGGCACUGUUACAAGAUUGAGACUGUCCAGGAGUAAAAAGACUGGAAAUAGCAAAGGCUAUGGCUUUGUGGAGUUUGAAUCUGAAGAUGUUGCCAGAAUAGCUGCUGAAACAAUGAACAACUACCUUUUUGGAGAAAGACUCUUGAAGUGUCAUAUCAUACCACCUGAAAAAGUACAUGAAGAACUUUUUAGAGAGUGGCACAUGCCAUUUAAAAGGCCGUCGUUCCCGGCAGUGAAACGCUAUAAUCAGAAGCGGACGCUUCGACAAAAGCUGCGGAUGGAGGAGAGAUUUAAAAAGAAGGAAAAAUCUCUCAGGAAGAGAUUAGCUAAAAAGGGAAUUGAUUAUAAUUUUCCUUCAUUGGUCUUACAUAAAGAUGAGGAAAAGCCUUCAUUCACUGGUCCUCGAAAUUCCAGAAAGCACCAGGCUUUACGGAAGAAGAAGAAGAAAGAGGCCUUGGCCGCUCUUAACACCCCUGAGAAGACAGUGGAUAGCCAGGGCCCCACACCAGUGUGUACACCAACAUUUUUGGAGAAACGAAAGUCAGAAGUGGCUAAAAUGAAUGAUGAUGAUAAAGAUCACGAAAUUGUUUUCAAGCAGCCCGUAUCUGGUGCAAAAGAAGAAACACAGGAGACUCAGAUACCUACAAGUUCAAGGAAAAAGAGAAGAAAAAACAAUCAGUGAUUCUGAAUGUAUUGUGUAUAGUUCUGAAAAAUGUGAUUUUAUGAUGGAAGCUGACUUCUUUGUAUUUAACGAGAUAGAAUAGAAUGCAACCAGUAACAAGAUUUUUGGAGGGAAAGGCUUUUUUAAGUCUGUAAGGAAAGCCACCCGUAAUUUCCUCUUCUUGCCCUUACACAGAUGCAGGGCUGCACACCAGCUACGGCAGCCGGCAGACGCUACCGCUCAUCCUGUCUGCUUGGGCUUUGUCUGCAGCGUUCAGAGCUGUCCUUAGUUACUUGGCCUGGAUAGAAGGUCUCUAUUACCCACAGCUUUAAGAACUAAACUGUAGCCUUUGUUGUUACCAUCAUAAAGGAAAAUAAAAUCUUGCUUGACCACUUACAUUGUUCUCUGUUAGACCAAGCACAUUUAACCCAUCAGUUCAAUUCUAUGGAGAGUGACGGAAGCAGUGUAAAUUCUGAGAUUCAUUUCUGUGUAUAUGGUCAUUUUUACCAAUAUUAAAUUAGUUUGGGGUGGGCUAGCAUGGAUUAAUUAGUAACUAUCAUCUUGUAUCAUUAUCCUCAAUCUAGAGGUAAAUUUCAAGAUUCAAGCAGUAACCACCAAAUAAACUUUGUCUAUAUUUUUUAGAGGA